CGGGGAGAUUGCCAAACGCCAUCUUUAAACCCCACUAGAGGCCAGCUCCAGUUGCACGGGGGAUGAAAAAGCACUGUUCUUGUAGCAGGGUAUUGACUCAGAUUGUGAGGAUAGUCUCGUAGUUUCCCGGUCCAGUAAACUUUAAAGAACUGUCCGACGGGAUUCUCAGAAGACGGUGACGGGGACAUCGUUAGAGGCUUAACAUGCCGCUAACGUAGACAGAGAACAACAAUAGACGGAAAGACAACAACAACGCUAGCAGUUUGCUAAGCACUGCGCUGUUUUCAAGCGCUAACCAGAGGCUAGCUAGUGCUAGCUAAUUCAUUAGCACAUUUUUUUUCUUCCUCCCGACAGCGUUACAGUUCAUCCCAACGGAGGCUGUAGCUGUAGUGGACGUCCCGCUACGUCUACCGAUAGAUUCCGGUGUUAUCUGGCGCAUUUGCGACCCGUUUCUCACUAAAAGGUGGAUGUUGUAGCGCUAGCUAGCUGAAAAAAAAAAAGCUAAGUCCUGACUUCUCGCCCUCCCCAGCGGCCCGGCCGGAGAUGUGUGGAAGAUGUCGGUGACGGGGCUGAAGGCCGAGCUGAAGUUUUUGGAGUCCAUUUUUGACACGAACCACGAGCGAUUCAGGAUAAUUGACUGGAAGCCCGACGAGCUGAGCUGCCAGUUUAACGUGACCGGAGAAAAGUUGCUGAUUAUCCACUGCAACAUUACGGAAUCAUAUCCAUCUACGCCACCAAUAUGGUUUGUGGACUCUGACGACCCGAGCCUGGCACAAGUUUUGGAGAGGCUGGAGGAUGUGAGAAAAGGAAGCACCCUGCUUUUGCAGCAGUUGAAAAAACUGAUUUGCGACCUUUGUCGGUUGUACAACCUUCCUCAACAUCCUGAUGUGGAGAUGCUAGACCAGCCCCUGCCUGCAGGACCGGUGGCACAAGACCGAAAGCAUGGGACGGAGGAGGUCACGUCUGAAGAGGAAGAGGAGGAAGAGAUGGGGGAAGACAUUGAGGACCUGGACCACUACGAGAUGAAAGAGGAGGAGCCGGUGGACGGGAAGAAGUCUGAGGACGACGGCAUCGAGAAAGAGAAUCUGGCGAUCCUCGAGAAGAUCCGAAAGAACCAGAGACAAGACCACUUAAACGGGGCUGUGUCUGGUUCAGUGCAGGCCUCCGACCGCCUGAUGAAGGAGCUUAGAGAAAUCUAUCGGUCUCAGAGUUAUAAGACGGGCAUUUAUUCAGUCGAGCUUGUUAAUGAUAGCCUGUAUGAAUGGCACGUCAAACUGAGAACGGUGGAUCCAGAUAGUCCUCUGCACAGUGAUUUACAAGUCUUAAAGGAAAAGGAAGGAAUGGAUUACAUUUUAUUAAACUUCUCAUAUAAAGAUAAUUUCCCCUUUGAUCCACCUUUUGUCAGAGUGGUUUCUCCUGUGCUUUCUGGGGGCUACGUUCUUGGAGGAGGCGCCCUUUGCAUGGAACUUCUCACCAAGCAGGGUUGGAGCAGUGCCUAUUCCAUUGAGUCUGUCAUCAUGCAGAUCAAUGCGACUUUAGUCAAAGGAAAAGCCAGGGUGCAGUUUGGAGCCAACAAAAACCAGUACAAUCUUGCCAGAGCACAGCAGUCCUACAAAUCCCUGGUUCAGAUUCACGAAAAGAAUGGCUGGUACACACCCCCGAAGGAGGAUGGCUAAUAGAGACUGUUGCCUUUUCCAGCACCGGGACCACACGUCUUGGAUUAUUUUUCUUUGUGACCAAUCUUGUUUUUAUCCUUCAAGUAAUAUCGUUCCCUCUCAAUGACGGUUCCAACUCCAAAAGCAAAUCCCUCGUUUUUUUUUUUUUUUUUUUUCCCCGGCCAAAAAGCGGGCACACGGACACAGGCAUGCAUCGCCUCCACCCAACAUCAGACGCCGCUGCUGCAGGCGUUGACGCCCCCCCACCCCCCCUCCUCUCCAGCUGCGUCUCCGCUGUCUAACUUUUGUAUUCCACGGCCCGCGAAGCCAGCGGACUAAAUAUCAUGCAAACGUAACCCCGGGUCCGGCAUUGGGCACGUCGAGGUCGCUCUCCGGCUUUGAGCUCGGAAAGGCCGCCCCCCCCCCCCCCUCGUCUCUCUGGCCUUAAACUGGACGCCAUUUCCUGACGCGACGGACAUCGAGAAUCCCGGCGGUGGGAAGACUCCCCGCCUUUGCCUUCCACGGAUGACCUCCCUAAUAUCGUUCUCAUCUUUUUAAUGCCGAGACCCGGCCCUCCCUUUCUGGAGGGGGGGAAAAAAAAUAAAAAAAAUCAAAAGACUAAGCUUCUUCAGCGGCUAGUUUGCGUUCUCCCUUUUUUUUUCUCUAAAGCUUAGAGCCCUGAGCGAUGGCAGAGAAAUACACGGACCUCGCCGCUUUUUGCGUGGGACAGACCGUCGCGAGGAUCGGCACGCCGCCGGCUUUCAGACGUGGAGAAAAACCACCAACAUAAUCACAACCAGCAGCCGGGACAGCCUCGGUGUGCAACUAAUCUGGCAGCGUUUCUGAGAUGGAGAUGAUGAUGAUGAUGAUGAGGCAAAGCUGGGGCUUGUUUGGAUUACUUCACACUGUAAUGUCGUUGAUUUUAACUCCACUGUAAACAUGUAAAUUUGUAUUUCUGCUAAAGGAUUUAAUUGUUUAUAAUGUAACCUUGUGUAGGUCUUUGGCUGAGCAGAGACUGUAUUACUGAAUACUCUGACUAUAACUUGCAGGGCCACUGCAACCUCUUGAGACUAGUUAGAAAAUGGAGAAAAGUAACAUUCUAGAUGCUUCUGAAGUAUCCGAAGGAAAAGAGGGAGAGAGAAAGAGAGAGAGUGCACCAGGUCCCAAUACAAGCCUAAUGACCACUGCAGUUGUUUUUAGAUUCCCAAUCCAGAUCUUAUUUUUAUUUUAAUGUUUUUUUUUUUUUUUUUUUUGGUAACCCCAUCUUUGAGUGGAGCUCCAUUCCUACAGUGGCUGUUACAGUGCUGCCAGACAUCUGGCACACCAGAGGUUUAGCCAAUCACAUCACUCCAGUGAAGUGGACUUCACCACGGCUAUGCAGCGGGGACACAUUCAGGAGGCCUGUCCAUCUACUGGUGGCGUCGUAGUCGUCACCUCCGGCCUUCUCAAAGCUGGUUCACCUCCCAACUACUUCAACCCAGUCACCUGAGGAUAAAGGCGACCUUUACCCUCCGGCUUUUCUCUGACCUCAGCGCUGUUUUGAAAAUGCAGUCAGAGUUGCAGACUCACAGCAAUACUCUUCUCCAUUACAACAUGUCUGCUUCACGCCCCGGAUAGAUCCCCCCACCCCCCCAUGGCCGUUUUUUUCUGUUCAGAAUAUCUGUUCAGGUUUAAGAAAUACACUUCAGCUCCCCCCCAUUGCUAAUUGGCUGGUUUACUGUCCACGAGCGCGGCUGCACCCGUCAGCCUGUCUGGCAUAACGCGGAGAACCGUGGAGCAUUCCAGUUCGUAGGUGUUCUGUUGUGUGUUUACUUGCAUUUUCUUUCUUUUUUUUUUUUUUUUAAAGCAUAUCAUCCCGACGACCAGCGUAGAAGGCUUAGUUUUGCCGUUUCUUGCAGUGAAUCCUCAUUUCCGAGUCGAUUUUUUUCGGGUUUGCGGAGUGACGACUUAACUCCGGUUUGGUUUGAAUAAAGCUUGUUCAUGCUCAGCUCAUCUGGGAUUUGUUUUCCUGCAAGAUGAUGUUUUUUUUUUUUUUUUUUUUUUUUCGUGAGAAGCAAAGGCACCAGACCAUAGGCAUGAUUGUUAGCUGUUGUAACGUGUUUGUAACGUAUCCCUCAUCCCAUUCUGAUUGCAUUGUUUCGCCCUUCCUUGCAUUUUCUGGACAAGCAAACUCAGGAAUACAUACCGCACACUCAAAACUCUGCAAAAGAUUGGUUUCAGGCCAUCGUCGAUGGCAAGAUUUGAAUGUCUCCCAUCCGUUUCCCCUUCCUCCCUCCCUCCCCUCGCCGCCGUCGUAAACCUGUACCUGCAUUUCGCCUCCAGACGCGCUGCGUUGCACCCGUGUUUGUCGAGGUUGCGGGUUUCUAACCGUGUGCCCAGGGCCGUCAGACGCGUGAGGCAGAGAUUGCUGCAACCCUGGGCUUGUGGAAGGGUUUAGAGCACAUGUACCCUUUCUCUUUGAUAUUGCUGUUUUUUGCAUGUCAAUAUAGUAGUGGGUAUAAUUCAUCCCCCUCAUCCCCUCCCUUCCCCCUCCCUUUUUUUCUGUGGGAAGCAGAGUGGUGGUUAAAAAUCUAGGAAUAUUAAUUUGUCGUGGUUUCCCCCCUGCAUCGGUGCACAGGCCAGAUAAAGAGACGCUCGAUUCCAACGAGUAACAGCAGCUGAGAGAUUCCUGUGCCAGACAUCAUACGUGAAGCCUAUUUUUAUUUUUUAAUUUUUUUUGGAUUAUUGGUGCACUAGAGUGCGGUGCAUUGAAGAACGGCUUCUCUCACAGCGACGCGUUUCUGACUAACGAGGACUCCUCAGAGACGAGUGACACAUUGGUCAGAGACCUGAACAAGCCUGGUACCGGGCUCUUUACCUUGCAUCACUAACUGCGGUGGCCGGGUCAUAAAGUUAUGCACUGUAAGCAUGCUUUGGUUUCUUCCCUUCCCUCCCCCCUCCCCCCCAUUGCAAGGGUGAUUUUGACAAUGUAAAAAAAAAAAAAAAUUUGUAAACUUGCAUCAAGUUUAUGAAUAAAGACUUUUAUGAAAUA